AUGGGAGAAACAGAAGAGCCUUCUCCUUUUGCCGCCAAAUCUCCAAGCUUCUUCAAGAUCGUUCUUGACAGUGCACUUCGAGAUGGAAAGAUUGAAAUUCCAAAGGCAUUUGUGAUGAAGCAUGGAAAUUGUUUGGCAGAGUCAGUAUUGCUUAAGGUUCCUAGCAGAGCAGAAUGGCGAAUAGGAUUGACAAGUUUCCAAGUGCAAAUUUUUACUAGGAAUACUAUGGAGAUAGAUUAUCCCACGAAUUCAAGCCUUGGCGAGGGGGAAGAACUUGAAGAUGAUGAUGUUUCUGUUGAAAUAUUGGAUGUGGUUCCCUCAAAGAAAAGAGGGAGAAGAGAAUUGGCAAGCCUUUGGCCUCAUAAGACGAUGAGGACAAAAUCAGGUGAUGAAGCUGAAGUGAAUUCCUACCCCAGAGCGGAGGGGGGAAGCAUGCCUACUGCAUCAAUAUCUUUAGAGGCUAAUGAGCAUGAUGUCGAUACAAGAGAUGGAGCGUUUCUGAGAGCUACAAGUUUCAAGUAUAGUAAUCCAUAUCUUGUAGUCAGAAUGCAAAAAUCAUACCUAUCAAGAUAUUUGAAAUUACAAGGAGCCUUUGCAAAAGAAUGUAUUUGUGCUAGAGGUGUUCGUAUUGUUAACCUACAGAAUUCGGCUGGGAGAAUUUGGCCUGCUACGUUCACUGUCGAGGUAUGGAGUGAGGGAAAGCAACGACAAGGAAGAGUAUCUUGGAAAUCAUUUGUGCAUGACAAUCAUCUCAAAGUAGGGGAUGCCUGUGUGUUUGAGCUGAAAAAGGGAUGCGAAGUUCCAACGUUUAAAGUUCACAUAUUCCGAGCUGAAGAUGUAGAUGCGUAA